GUUACGAGUUCGAUAGUAUACGGCGCGCUUUCUAUUGGUUGCUCAAUCUCGAUGCGACAAUGCUUCCCUUCCAAAGAGACAGAGUCAAACAUGAGAUGCUUGUAUAGCAAUGCCAUGGUACAUGUCGAGAAACUGCACUCGUGUCCUCCAUCAGCUCUGAGCUUCAAGGUAGUACUUACACCCCCAGUGCUGCCCAAGUAUAAUGAGCUAUUCUGACUCAAUCAAAUAGGCACUGAUCACAAUGCUCGUUGCCUCGACCUUUUGGAAACCGGCAGACACUGAUUGGCUGCUCGGCGCUGCAGUUUCUUGCGCUCAAUCUUUGAGACUAAACAGCCUGGCAUGCCUCAAGAUAGUCUGCCAGACCAGUGAGGAUGUCGAAUUAUUGAAUCACGCGUUUUGGCUGCUGUACAUAAUUGAAAAGCCUUUUCGGUUGCGUAACGGACAAGCUUCGGCUUUGAAUGAUGCUUACAUCGACCACGAGCCCAUAUCUUCCGAUAUCAGAGCUAGGAAGCCGCCAAUGCAGACCAUUGGAGUUCGUUACCGUCUGGCUCAAUACUGUGCCAGAAUAGCAGACGAAUUUGAUAUACAGAAAGCUCAAUCACGGUCGACGGUAUUCACCUUAGAAAAUACCAGCACCCACCACGAUAUGGGACUCGAGAGUCGCCUCACCCAACAGCCCAAGUACCACGCCCUCUCAAGGGGACAUCUCAACAAGCCUGCUGUACUUUGAUCUGGUAUUGUGUGUCUGCGGAAGACUCUCAGCCAGACCUUUGAGCGACCCAAUCUCUGAUAAGAUAGAACA